AAACGGAAUCUGUUUACUUUUAUCUUCUUCGAAAUCUGGAAGUUUAGGGUAUUCUAAUAUGAGUAUUUCCGUUUGGUAUAUUUGCUCACGCAGACAAUCGAAACCAAAUUGAUCGAUAACAGACGCCAUUACUAUUUAACAUCUUGUUUGUGAGCCACAAAAAGUUGCAAGUUUUAAGUUGAAUUUUGAUUUGAAUUUGGAGCAUCAUGUCGAAUGACGUGGAGGAGUAUAUAAACAGCAGCCAGACGAUCUUGGCCCAGAAGUAUAGAGUUUACGCCGAGCUCGGCAGCGGCUCGUUCGGCGACAUCUACAAGGCGAAGUGCAGGGAAACUGGCGAGCGCGUGGCCGUCAAGUUGGAGAGUACUAAAGCCCCCAGGCCUCUAAUCUUGGACGAGUACAAGAUGUAUAAGACCGUGGGAAAUGGUGUGGGCAUCCGCGGGUCUUGGACUGCUUCAGAGGAGGAUGUGAACGUGCUGGUGAUGGAGCUGCUGGGCCCAUCGCUAAACGAUUUGUUCGAUUUCUGCAAUCACCGCUUUUCGGUAAAAACUGUGGCCAUGCUGGCAGACCAAAUGAUCGAGCGCCUACAGUAUGUCCACUCCCAUAACAUCGUGCACCGUGACAUCAAGCCAGAGAACUUUCUAAUGGGCAUGGGAGACCUCGAUAAUCAGCUGUACAUCAUCGACUUCGGAUUGGCCAAAGAGUACUGGAACGAGGAGACCGACAGGCACAUCCAGCCGGGGUCCGGCUCUUGUCUGGUGGGCACCGCCCGCUAUGCCUCUAUCAAUGCAAUGACAGGCGGCGAGCAGUCACGCCGCGACGACAUGGAGGCUCUGGGCUAUAUGUUGAUCUACUUGGUUAGGGGCAAGCUGCCCUGGCAGGGUAUCAAGUACGGGAACUCGAAACAGAGCAACGAGAGGAUUGCAGAGGUUAAGCAGUCCACCCGUUUGAAGGAUCUGUGCCGCGGCUGUCCAGACGAAUUUGGAGCCUAUAUGAGCUACUGCCGCACUCUGGGAUUCGAGGAGGAGCCGCAUUAUUCGCUUAUACGACAAUCAUUCCUCGAUUUGAUGAAACGCUACGGGUACACCAACGAUGGGAUCUUCGACUGGAUGGAUCGGGUAGAUGAGAUUUGUAUCGAGGAAGAAGAAACCGUUGUUACCGUACAAUAAAUGAAGUCUUCACUUUUCCAGGGACUGUCAGAAAUGUCAUUUUAAAAUACACAAGCUGCCAGCAAACCAAAAUGAGUCCAAUUAACAAAACUGGGAUUUGGAUUUGUGCAACGUUUGCAUUCUCUGGCCAGAUUUCAGUUGCAGUUCCUGCAGCCGGAGCAGCUGCCAGAAAUGUCCGUCAGUACAAAUGGCAGCAAAAGUCAAUGGAAAUUGCCAGGGGUGCUUCAUGAAUUCAGGGAGCAGCAGAAGCAAACGAGCCUGGGAAACUUUCGAACAAAUGAAAACGUAGCAAAUGACAGCAUCCAAUUUACGUUUGCAAUUAAACUGACACCGAACAGACACUUGAUUUAGUCGGAAGGUAGCCACCUCUGGACCAGCUCACGACCACCCACAUUCCGUCCGUUUCUGUGAGAUGUCGAUUUAUGGACAUGGCCAUUCAAAGUUGUUUCCCAGCAGAUUUAUGAAUAUGGAAAUGUACGAAAAUUUGUCCUUUAUUUGUCUGCCCAAGGGGCAGAAGACUUGACCAGAUGGAAUAGUUCUAUAAGAAUAGUGUGGGUCCCUCCGAUACUAUUAUCACAACCUUGCGGCAUCUGAAGAGAUUUGUGGAGUCUGCCAUCUUUGGAUUAGAUUGUUUUUGGAAAGGAGAAAUGUUCCAGAUUAGUUGAAGGAGAAAUUUCAGUUUGUUUUUAUCUUUUACAAAAUAAUUUUGAAUUUCUUUGGCUGAAAAUUUUGAAAGGAGAAUUGGACAGUUAAUUUCAGGCACACUAAAUAAUGUAUUCCGUGUGAUAC